UUCAUUACAUAAAACUCACUGAAAAACAAAGUUUAGGUUCAUGUUCUUUUUUCCCCCAAAGAGUGGAGUUUAUGUUGUUAGUUUUCUGUUAGAAGCAAAUUUUACAUCUUUUAUUCCAAAAAACGUCUCACUAAAAGAACCCAGGAACAACGAAGAAGCUUAAAGUGUUGACUACAUGUCAAACAACGGAUAAAUCUUUACCGCUAAAUGAAACAUAUUUAGUUGAAUCUUUUUCUGCAUCUAAAAAAAUUUGCAACAUUAAAAUCUUAACUUUGUUUCAGAAAUUUAAUUAAUAAUAACUUGUAAACAAAAUACAUUCAUUAAAUAGACUGACAUAUGUUCCUAAAAGUUAGUUUACUGGAGAUGCACCAAAAUCUGGAACAAACUUCUAGAAAACUGUAAAACAGCUGAAACACUGAGUUCCUUUAAAUCAAAACUAAAUACCCACAUGUUUAGAUUUGCUUUAGAACCAUAAUAAUUAGAACACUGAACAAAAUAUUGGAUGUUUAUUGAUGAUUUUGUUGAUGUCAAUCGACUGAUUUCUCAGUUGGUGUUUUUCUGACUUGUUAUUUUUGUGUUUUUCUGAUAUGGAGCACUUCAGACUGCCCUGUGAAAUGUGCUACACAAAUAAACUUGAUUGAUUCUUUAGUGCUGGAUUUCUAGUUAAAACAGGGGUGUCCAAACUUUUUGUCACGUCGGCUAAAAUCAUCGAGUGAAAAAGACUUGAGGGCCAAAAAGUUUUUUUUUUACCCACUCAAUAAUAAACUAAACAUGCAAUAUUUAAAUUAAACAACAUAAUCACAUUUGUUGCUGGAAAAGGACUUGUAAAUUAUUCUAGAUCCAAACCUUAAAAAGGGCUCUGCUGAUUUGCCUUAUUAAAAAUAGUUUUGCUAACUUGAUAGCUGAAAAAAAGACCACAGUUUAAUCCAUUUUUAUGAAUAGAACGAUGUGAUUUGUCAAAAUUUGUUUUAUUCUUUGAAUGUGGAUGUUAUUUUGUUUAGUCAAGAAGUUGUUUCUUCAGAGUUUUGUUGAUUUGAGUUUAAGUUCAGUUGGUGGUUACCAUAGUAACCAGUAACUGCCAGCUCCUCCCCUUUUCUGUUGCCAUCGGUAACUGUAGAACUUAUUAGGAUCAGCUCCCUGUUCCCUUUACAAGUAUUAUAUUUUAACACAUAUUUAAACAAAUUUAAUCAUAUACAGUGUUUUAUUUGUAAUUUUGCUAUAUUUUGUAUAUGUUUUCAACUGUUAUUUUUAUUAAUGUUGUCCAUGUUUCAUUUUACAAAUGUCAACUGCUGCUAACUGCUAUUAAAUGCUCGUUAUUUAGGGUUAUUUAUUGCAUUUUAUUUAAUGUAUGGGGCAGAAGCUGCUGGCUGAUGUUAACCACUAACUUGACUUUCAGUUUUAUUAAAAAAUUAAGUGAACCUGAAUGUGUCUGUCGUGAAGUCAACCUACUGGACCUGAGACGAACAUAGAAGGGUUACAAAUGCAAGAUUAAAACACCAUAUGUGAAACUGGAAACAUGAGUUUCUGUGUUGAACAUUUGGCUUUUUCUCCUCUACCAACGUCUCCUUUCAUCUUUUUUGUACCCAAAACCAUGAAGCUCCAGUUUCACAUGCUCCACUCUGUCGUUAUCCGCAUGACAAACUUCAUGAAGUUUAUUGUAAAAGCGCCCUAAUGGCCGUAUCCAGUGCGUGAAAUCGCUGCGUUGCCAGUGGCCAGUCACACAGUGAGAUGGAUGGGUGAUGACGACUCAUUAUUCAUGGCUGCGGCAGUCUGAGGAGAGUGCAUUUAAUCCAGGGGCGGGAAGAUGCACAUAUUUCUUAUCAUGAUUAGGCUGCAGCAUCAGAUAAGGAACAGGAUAAAUUUAGUGCUCGCGCUUUGUUUUCUAAUCCAGCCAGGGGGCGAAGAAAGUAACCUUUUAAAUAGGUCACCUUCUCUGCUUUUAGAGACAACUGAACGAGCUGCCAGCGAGUGUCUGCGUGUUUGUGUCCUUUACAAGGGGAAGAAUACAUUUCAGACAUCCAGCGGUACAUUUAGAGCGGGCCUCAGCUAAAGGGUAACCCGGGUUCUGUUUUUAUUUUAAAAAAUAUGAAGCAAAUGAGGAAAAAUUACACCUUUGCUAGUUUGUAGUCGGAAAGUCCUGAGCGAAGCAAAUGAAGAAUAAUUCAGAGGUUAAUGAACCGAUUUCUGAACUAUUAGCUGUGUUUCCAUUAACAUAUCUUUUGCUUUUAUCAUUCAGAUGUGUAGUUUCUGAUUUUCUUUUAAAGCAUGCAUUGCUUGAACUUUAGCAAAACAUCUAAAUGCCUCAAUGCAUUGAGUUGCUGCAACUGGAGAGGUACAGCUAACGCAGUAUGUCCUGAUUAACUGAGCUCCAGAGUGCUGAGUACUGCUUUCAAACUGGAGAAUGAAAGCAGUUUGUAAUUGUAAAGAAAAGAGGAGGGUCUUCAAAGCAAGAAGGACAAGAAACAUUGGGACAGGGAGCAGAGUGUGGCCCCGGGCCCCGAACUUUCCGCCAGAGAAGAGAGGAGGACACAAAGGCAACAAGGAGGCUGGAAUGAAAGAGUCUACAGACGCGUCACAUGGGAUGAGGUUAUCUGAGGUCAGACUGGAGAAAGGUGCAUUUUAAAAACAGGAAAGGGUUUGGAUUAGGUAAGUCGAAAUAUUAUGAAAAAAAGUUGGAAUAAUACCAGUAAAGUCAUAAUAAUCUUAGAAUAAAUAUGACAAAAAGUCUUGCUAUUAUGAGGAUAAAGUUGUUAUAAUGUGAGAAAAAAAAGUCGAAAUAUCAGAAUAAAGUCAGACAAUAAGGUCAUACAACAAAUGUCAAAACAUUACAAUAAAGUUUAAACAUUACGAGAACAAAGUCGUAAAAUGGUAGCAAAACGUCGUAAUAACACCAUAAAUCAUGACAUCAGCAGAAUGGUCAUAAUAUGAGAUUAAAGUCAAAAUUUUGUCAAAAUUCUGAGAUUAAAAUAAGAAUUUUAUUAUUAUUAUUAUUAUUGGUGGCCCUUAUCCUCUUCUGUAUAUACAUACUUCAAAAAAAAUCAAUGACUUGUGUUUGUAAAGCCCCUAAAUGUGAACAAAUUUAAAGAACUAUAAAAAUCUUCCGAUGUGCUGUUCAGUAAAUGUUCUUUAUUAAUCUGAUCAUCAGUCAGUUUGACUUCAAAAUUGGUUAAUUUCCAAGAAAUAAGAAGAUGUGCGAUGAAUCCUGCAAGAAAGCAGAAAGCUACUCUUGGAUCAUGAAAACUGUCAGUGCGCGCAACAAAGAGAGAGAGAAAGAGCGAGAGAGAGGGAGGAAAAUAGAGAGAAACAGAGAGAGAGAGAUUUUCAGCGGCGGCUGAGCGCUUAAACCGCCCAGGAACAUUUAUCCAGCCAACUGUCUCAUCCGGGUCUUCCUCCUCCUCCUCUGGGUUUAGAGUUGACUUUCUUCUGCGCUUCUUGGAGCGGCAGCAGCAACACAUGCCUGCCUGUGCAGCGGAGCCGCGGCUGUGAUUCAGAGCGCAGCUCCGUCUACAUCACCGGCUCACCGGGAGGAUGUCCGCCGCGCCGCUCAACAAGUCCCCGCUGUUUUUCCCCCGUUAACCGUUGAUGGCGGCGGAAUGGAGAUAGCCUUGGUGAGUUUUGAGAACGGCGGCGCUAAGGGGAGCGGCGGCGGAGGAGGCGGCGGCGGCAAUGCCGAAGAGAGCUGCCGGAACGCACUGGAGGUCCCUCAGCCGGGGUUUGUUCAAAGUGGACUGGGAGAGGAGUUCGGUAAGGAGCUGAACACCCGGGGGAGUCCCCAGCAGCAGCAGCAGCACCAACAGCAGCAGCAGCGCAGCCCCUGGAAGAUCAACGACAUGAACAACACUCUGAGCUGCAGCGAGAACGCCAUGGAUGCGCUUUUACGCGCGGACCACAGUCCCCACCUGUUCGACGAGGACAUGCUGGACAUGGACAUGGACACCGAGAGCAACGAGAGGGUCCUCAUCAACAUCGCCGGGCUUCGGUAUGAAACCCAGCUGGGUACCCUCAACCAGUUCCCGGACACUUUGCUGGGAGACCCGGCCAAGAGGAUCAAGUACUUCGACCCGCUCCGGAACGAGUACUUCUUCGACCGCAACAGACCCAGCUUCGACGGGAUCCUCUACUUCUACCAGUCCGGGGGGAAGAUCCGCAGACCCGUGAACGUUUCGAUCGAUGUGUUCGCGGAUGAGAUCCGGUUCUACCAGCUGGGAGAAGAGGCCAUGGAGCGGUUCCGAGAGGAUGAAGGGUUCAUCAAGGAGGAGGAGAAGCCGCUGCCGCAGAACGAGUUCCAGAAGCAGGUCUGGCUCAUCUUCGAGUACCCGGAGAGCUCCAGCCCGGCGCGGGGCAUCGCCAUCGUGUCCGUGAUCGUUAUCACCAUCUCCAUCAUCACCUUCUGCCUGGAGACGCUGCCGGAGUUCCGGGAUGAGCGGGAGCUGGCGGUCAGCAGUCGGCUGGACAACAGCACCGCGCCCCGGCCGUCCCUCACCUUCACCGACCCCUUCUUCAUAAUCGAGACCACCUGCGUCAUCUGGUUCACCUUCGAGCUGAUCGUGCGCUUCUUCGCCUGCCCGAGCAAGUCCGAGUUCUCCAAGACCAUCAUGAACAUCAUCGACAUCAUGUCCAUCAUGCCUUACUUUAUCACGGUGGGCACGGAGCUGGCGGAGCAGCAGGGCCAGGAGCACCAGAACGGCCAGCAGGCCAUGUCGCUGGCCAUCCUGAGGGUCAUCCGCCUGGUCCGGGUCUUCCGGAUCUUCAAGCUCUCGCGGCACUCCAAGGGGCUGCAGAUCCUGGGUCAAACCCUCAAGGCCAGCAUGCGGGAGCUGGGUCUGCUCAUCUUCUUCCUCUUCAUCGGGGUCAUCCUCUUCUCCAGCGCCGUGUACUUUGCGGAGGCCGACGAACCGGAGUCCCAUUUCUCCAGCAUCCCGGACGCCUUCUGGUGGGCCGUGGUCACCAUGACGACGGUGGGCUACGGCGACAUGCGGCCGGUGACUGUCGGGGGGAAGAUCGUGGGCUCCCUGUGCGCCAUCGCCGGCGUCCUGACAAUCGCGCUGCCGGUUCCGGUCAUCGUCUCCAACUUCAACUACUUCUACCACCGGGAGACGGACCAGGACCAGUCCAGCCUGAAGGACGAGCCCAGCGGGGGGCCGGAGAGCCCAGAGGUGAAGCGCAAAGGCAGCAGGACGUCGGUGAAGUCUCAGGAUGUGGAGAAGAACGAGUCCGACGGCGCUUCGGUGGAGAAGGCGAACAUUAAAGCCAACAGCAGCAUGGACUUCAAGAAAUCCCUUUACGCGUUUUGUCUUGACACGCGGGAGACGGAUCUGUAGCCCCGCCGGGUCGGGCUCCUUCUGACCCAUGAACUCGGUUCUGACUAAAACUUUCCUCCCACAUCCAUCAGUGCAUGCAUGCAGCAGAGCGGCCCUUUAAACCUGCAGGAAAACAUGAACUCUGCGGGCUGCAAGAUGAAUUAGUGGGAAAUGGGACAUCAGGCCUCAGCAGAGGAUAAUCAGGGACAAUCAGGACUCUGGAUAAUUACUGGACAUGGCGGAGGAUUAACCACACUCUGUGUACAUAAUGUAGGAAGAGAGAGGGGGAAAAUACUUUAUUACUUCCUACACUUAGUCAUGAUGUUUACAUCAAGCAGAUGUGUACAUAUUCCCCACAUCAAGCUGGAGAUUUUUGGAUUUGGUGUUAAUUUCUUCUCUUUUUUGGAAGGAUAAAAGUCUAUUUUUGAGAUGCAGACACUCAGGUUUUAUGGAAGAGCUGAAAUAUUUUUUUUUUGUAACUGAGAGUGGACCUCAGCCUUGUCGUUUGUGUCCGAUUCGUUUAAAUUAAAGAACUUUUUAUUUGCGAGGGGGAAAAUAAUGGACAGAAAACAAAGAACAGGAGCCAAGAAGAGACGACAGAGCAGAAAGGAUGUGGAGAAAUCGACUCUGAAACCAGAGAGUCGAAGCCCUGCCCUCCGACCAUCAGGGGAGUCGAUCGGACCGCAGGAACAGAACCAUCUGCUGCGCUUCCAGUCAGCAUCAACAGUCCUGUUCUUGGAACUCUGUGCCUUCAACCAAAACUCAUCCUGUGUUUUUGGGUUUUUACUUUUCCCUUGGAGCAGCUUUCGGAUGAUUUUAUUUUUCUUCCUGACGGAUGAAGGAGGGCCUGGGAAUCGAGCUGCUGUCUGUCUGUGGAAACGAAGAAAAAAAAAAACAAUCAAACACAUCCAGGAUUUUCAUCUUUGGAUCGUUUUAAUGUGUUUCUUUUUUCUACAAAUUGUGUCAGUGAUUUACUUCCUAUUGGAGGAAAUCCCUCGCUGUGCAAUAUAAGUCCAUAUUUCUGUGAAGUUGUCAUGUGGAUGUAGAAUCAGGACAAACAUUUUGGUUUAUUUUUGUAAUAAUGUUUUUCUGAUUUCUAUUUUUCUAAAACAAUGUGAGACAGAUGAAGGGGAAAAAAAGAACAUUUUGAAGGAGAACGGAUGCUUGGAUGUGGUUUUUCCUCUAAUAUUCCCCUUUCCAAAGCCAUCAGAGAUGAUGCAUUCAGGGUCACACAGUCUGGGACGGACACAUCAGCUCGUCUCAACUGGAGCUACUUUUUAGGUGAUGUCUUCUGUAAAUUCAGGCGCCUAAAUCUGAAGUGUUUAGUAUUCUCUACCUUUGUGUGGCCUGUUCUUCUUGCUGUCGUUUUGUACCUACAUAUCAAUCAGGAAAUGGGAAGUCAGAAAAAGGAACGAGAAAAGAUGGAAAACACUCUGAGUUCUCAAACAGAGUCUAAAGUAAAUGACAAAAAGCUUGAAGCUGAGUUUACACUGCAUUUAUUUUAAUAUUUCUUUUAGGUUUUUAACUAACUCAGAAGCUAACAAAAAUAUUUAAAAACAUCCGUAGAAACCUCUGCCUCCACAUGUUAUUACUUUCCUGGAACUUCCAUGUUGCUUUCAUAAAUCCUUAAAGUAAUUUCCUGGAAGACGGUACUUUACAAAAACUUGAAGGUUACUUUCUUGAAACCCUAGACCUACAUUUCAGUAAUUAACAUGUUACCUUAUGAUUCUUUAAUAACUUAAGUGUUUUAAAUUAGAAGAUACUUUUCUUCUACUGUGCUUUCUAGUAAUAUUCAAUUGCAUUUCAUCAAAAGCUACUAUUCUAAAACUUGGGGGUUUCUGCCCUGAACUUGCAAGUUACUUUUCAGUAACAUGUCAUUUUCUUUAAGGUAACAUGUAAGUUACGGGAAAAUAUCAUGUAAGCAGCAGGUAAAAAACAAAUAAAUAGCCCAUUAAGUACAUUCUGAGUCGCUGGAACAUGCCCUUAAAGUUCUAGAAAGUUAAGAGAACGUAACAUGAAAUCCUGGCUGUUCCCUUUAAGAUACGGUAAAGUAAUCAACAUUCCCAUGAUAAAUAACCUAAAAAUCCCAAUUAAAGUAGCCUGAAAGUGUCAGGAAAGUAAUAAGUAAAUUCUUGAAAUCUGUAGAAAGCACCAUUUAAGAUUCAAGGAAAUAAGCAGUGGUGGGCAUUUAGCUUAUUUGAAAUUGUUUGGCAAAUUUAGUUUCCUCUAAAUUCUAAAGAGCUAAUUUACUUGGUUGUUUAAGUGAACUUUCAGUUGAAUAAACUGAAUUGACAUAUGUCUUGAUGUUUUGGUUAUCGACUGUUAAGAAUUCUCCAAGUAGUUAGACGUUUAUAUUCAUGCUUUUAUUUUGAAGUGAGUGAAGACUGUUUAUACAACAGUUCCAUUUCCUCUCCUCAUGUUCUCCAUCUGUGAUGCGGUGCAGCAGUUGAGGUUUAUUCUGUACCCAGAAUGCACCAUAAACACUUUAAAAUCUACUGAUGUCCUGCAUGUUUUUUGACCGAAGUCCUACAGUCAAGUUAGCAACAACUAUAAAAUUUAAAACAUGAGUGAAAUAUCUGCCCCAAAGAAUCACUUUCAGAAGUGAAACCGGAUAAGUAAGUGUGCAAAAACAAAUUUGUCCCAACAGAGGGGGAUAACAUAUGUCAACAUGUUAACAUGGUUGAAUUUAGCGCUAGCAUUAGCUUCUGCUAAAUACUAUUGGUAGUGCUUCAACAUUAGCAGAACUAAUGUUUAUGAUUAUUGCUUUAAGUUUAGUGCCAUAUGGUUGUAUGAACAAAAGUUCUUGUACUGGAGUGUUUUUUUUUUCAUUUUCUGCUUCAAUAGUUAUGCUAGCAGUUUACAUUUUGAUCAGAUGCAGAUUAACAUGCAAAGACAGUGAAGGCGGGGCAUGUAAAACAUCUGUGCGAAUAGCCCACCGCUAUGUGGGUCAUGUUUCUGCUCAUAAUGGAACAAUACUCGAACUUUAUUCAGAUAAUCUGUAACACGUCUUCCACAGAAUGGAAGAAAGGAAGCUUUUUAAUCUAUUACAACACAAUGGAGAAAAUGAGGUUUAAUUGGCAGCUAACAUUAUUUUAAAAAUCCAAGCAAUUUUCAUUAAAAGGGCUCUGUUUGAGAAUUUCCUCCUGUUCUGUUACUUGUCUUCUGUUUUCUGCACUUAUAAACUGUGCUCCAUGUCUCCUUGAUGCUGCUAUCCAUGUCCUGUGUAGAUUGAUGUUCAGCCUAAGUCCUGGCACAACAUCCUCUGUUAGCGCUCCUGCUAUGUUUUUACUGGAUCCUUUGAUUUGAUCAUGAAAUCAAAUCAAUCGAUCCAUGGUAAUUCUGGUUCAGUUUAUGGCUCCAGUAAAGCAAAUUCAGAGAUGUAUAUUUAUUUUUUGCGUAGUAUUUUCGGUUUACAAGCAAAGAUAUCCCUUUGGCACCAAGUGUACAUGGGCAUUAAAAUGUACAGUAAUUUAGUAAAUUGCUGUAGGACCUUAAGAAUUAUAUGGAUUAUAAGCACGAACAUCCAUUAACUCAGGGGCCAAUGUAAUAUUAUUCUCAGUCAGGGCAUAAGUUAGAAAAAAGCCAAAUAUAUUCAAAACAUUCAACAUUUUAUGUGCUAUAAACAAACUUUCAUCAACAUCCAACUUUGAGGAGUUUUUAUUAUCUUGUUUUCUUAAGAAUAUGAAAAGAUAGUUUAAAAGCCACCAAUUGAGACUGAUGCUAAUGUGCAAAGGCAAAAACCUCAAAGGACUCGAGAGACCUUGGAGGUCCUAAAGAGAUAACUCUGAUUACAGAGAUUCAGAAACAGGACAAACCAGAAGCCUGGUCCUCUAAAAGCUGGAUCCUCUGUAGGCCCAGUCCUUCGUCAUGUGGAUAUAUACAUGAGCUGCGUGCAUAUUUCAUGUAGAAUAUAUUCAAUCUAUCACCACCUAAAUCUGACUGUGACUGAAGUAUGAGGUGCUCCACCAAACCGGUUCUUUCUUAGCACCAGUGGUUUUUAAGUUCCCACCUUGUCUGUCACUGUGGCAUUGGUUUAAUACCAGCUUUCUAAAGACCGUUCACAAACAGAACACAAAACAGUGGCAAUCAAAAUGAUGAAAAAUCAUGGACUGUUUCUCAAUAAUAAUGAGGUAUCUGGUGUUAAAAAAACACAGUUAACUGAGUCACAACUCAGGAACUUCAUCCUCCAAAAGACUGACCCUUCAAGGGAAUUGCCAUCGAAAAGAUUAUUCCUUUCAACGAUUAGUCCUCUCAACGAACAGGUCUAUUUAGUGACAGGUUCUCCGCAUCCAGGGUUUUAAGUCCAAGGUUUGGCAAAGGAACCUAGGCUUUCAAAGUCAAAGCCCAGAAAAAGAUGUUACGUUUUAAAGAUGAUUUCUCCAUAAGCCCGGCCCUCUAAAGGUUGGAUCCCCUAAAGGGCCAGUCCAUUGUCACGUGGCUUUAUCUUUGAGCUGUAUUACCUUGACAUAGAGAACAUACUGUAAGUUACUAUAUAUCACUGCCUAAUUCAUGCUGAGACCUGUGUAUUUUAGGAAAUUAGGGGGUUUUCACAAACUGCUACAACUGCUUUCCAUUUGACAAAUUCUUCAAAGGUCUUGCCCAAAAGAUGAUGCCUGCAAAAGCUGAGCCCUCCUAAAGACGAGUCCAUCAAACAUUGUGCCAAGAAAAUAGCAGACUAUCCAGUUCCACAGUACUAUGAAGAAAAUGUCCCCUGAAGACAGACACUCAAAAAAAUAGGUUUUUUGAAAGUUGAUUCCUUAAAAGGCUUGGUUCAGGUAUUUAACCUUCAAAAGACUAGUUCCUCAAAAGAUGAUUCCAGAUCCUCUGAAAAAGGAUUCUUUCAAAGACCCGAUCCUUCAGAUGACAGAUCCUCCAACAGAUAGGUUCCCAACCCAAAGAUAUUUCCAAACGCUUGGAAGUUUUCUGAAGGAUGGGUCUUUCUUUGUUAAGAUGUCCUGUCUUUGGCAAGUCAGGGAUACCAUAUAUAGAAGGUAGUUGUCUCUUUUGUCAGGGAAAAUUUGCUCUACACAUAGAAUAUCCUAAGAUGGCAUUUUAAUUGCAUGAUUAAACGUAAGAAAAUCCAGACUGCAUCAAGCAUCAAGGAGGGCCACCAAUCACAACGAUGUGAUAGUAACCUGUGUAAUCUAGUAAUAUGGCUUUCAACCAUCUGGAUUAUAUUUGUGUCUGUCCGUGUAUGUGAGUGGGUGGGUCAGUGUAUGUGUACAAAUAAUUUGUGUUGAGAUGGUGUAUGUGAACGUGCCAUCUGAACUCAAACGAUCAGGCCAGGAAGGGUACAUUACUGUCCCCCCUGGUGAGCUAGCCCCUAAGAGGUCAAGAGGGAGGGAUGUCCACCAGUGACCAUGGCUGGCCUGUCACAUUCUCUGGAGCCAUAGCCCACCCAGCAAGAGCCCACCACUAUGGCUGUGAUCCACACAAGGAAGUCCUCCCAGCCUCAAUGGUACUGUCAGAGAUCUCAGGCCACCCUACAUCCCCACCCAACACCAAAUCAGCAUAGGCCUGUCACAUGGGCAGGAUGUGGAAAGGAUGUCCAAGGUGCAAUAAAAUUGGGGUUGUGGCUGAGGUGUGUGAGACUCCACUACUUGGUGACUUCAGAGUCUCCCCAAUCGCAAAGCCCUGAGUGUCUGUAGUAUACUAAAACUGAGUUCAAACAUUGUAGAGAGGAAAGCACUCUACCAAUGCUUUCAAGAUCCAUCUUCCCACAAAGAUCCUUCUAAAGUGUGGUAUUGAGAGAAGGUGCUGGUACGAGUCCCAUUGGGAGAUGGGUCCUUCAAAAGAUAUAUCCUCCUACUGACACCCCCUCCAUGAAAUGAGUUAUUAAAAGGACAAAAAGUCAUAACCCUGUCCUGUGAAUAACUGAUUCAACAAACAUUAAGCUCUGUGAGGGGUUGUGUGUCUGAAGACAUUCGAGAGCUAAUAGCCAGUUGUACGUUAAACUGGUGAUUUGCUUUUGGUGCAAAAUCUCCUUAGUGGGCUAUGCUUUUAUUUCAUUGUUGAUCGUUUGAUCCCUGGCUCAUCACCCAAAUAUUUUAGUUUGGGUGAUGUCCAUCAACAGCUGUUGGAAAAAUCUGCUUCACUGCACACAUUUUUCUGUCGUCAUACUAAAAUAAACCUUAAGAGGUACAAACAGCAGAAUCUGCUAACUUGGCUGCUUCAAAUGAUAUAUUUUCAGUUUGUAGACUCACCUGCUCAGUGUAGAUUUCCUUCUGCAUGAACUUAUGUGGAUCCGUCCUCAACGUUCAGGUCCACCUGAAGACAUUGUGUUCAGCCUUCAGUCGUUUUUCAUCUUCCUAGUGGAGUCGGCAAACUGCAGACCUCCAGGUACCUUCACUGACAACAUCCCUCCUGAAAACAAAGCUGCCAAACUUCUCUGAAGAAGCCAAACGUCUCUGUGUGUAUCAGUGGUUUUACGUGUUUCACAUCAUCCUGUUAAUGUUUCAUCGUGUUUUUAACUGCAACAAUCCUGUUUGUUACGUUGUUGGUCAUAUAUGCAGAAGAGUUAUCAAAUAAACUGAAAUAAACUCUUAAGACUCA